GCCGCUGGCUCGGAGCGGCCUCUCGUCCCUCGGCCUGAGAAGGGUCCCUGGGCGUGUCGGCUGGGAUUGCCCCUGGCCCAGGGCCUGGAAACACCUGCUCUCCAGUCCCUCCUCCCAGGACUCUCGGCGCCCCCAUGCCGCGACCCCCAGUCCGGGAUGGCCUCUGCCUCCUGUCCACCUACUUGGAGGAACUGGAGGCCGUGGAACUGAAGAAGUUCAAGUUAUACCUGGGGACCGUGACGGAGCGUGGGGAAGACAAGAUCCCUUGGGGACGAAUGGAGACAGCCGGUCCCCUGGACAUGGCCCAGCUGCUCACGGGCCAUUUCGGGACGGAGGCAGCCUGGCUGCUCGCUCUUGGCCUCUUUGAGCGGAUCAACAGGAGGGACCUGUGGGAGAAAGGACAGAGAGAGGACCUGGUGAGGGAUACUCCACCUGGUGGCCCAUCCUCCCUUGGGAGCCAGUCAGCGUGCCUUCUGGAAGUCUCUCCUGGCACGCCAAGAAAAGACCCCGGGGAGGCGUACCGGGACUCGGUGCGCAGGAGGUUCCGGCUGAUGCAGGACCGCAACGCGCGCCCGGGCGAGUGCGUCAACCUCAGCCGCCGCUACACCCGGCUGCUCCUGGUGAGGGAGCACUCCCACCCCACGCGGGCCCGGCAGAAGCUCCUGGACACGGGCCGGGGGCGCGCGCGAGCCGCGGCGCAGCAGGCCAGCCCCAUCCGGCUGGAGACGCUCUUCGAGCCGGACGCCGAGCGCCCCGAGCCGCCGCGCACCGUGGUCUUGCAGGGCGCGGCGGGCAUCGGGAAGUCCAUGCUGGCGCGCAAGGUGAUGCUGGACUGGGCCGACGGGAAGCUCUUCCGAGGCAGGUUUGACUACGUCUUCUACGUCAACUGCAGGGACAUGAACCAGGGCGCCGAGCGCAGCGCGCGGGACCUGGUCGCCGGCUGCUGGCCCGAGCCCCGCGCGCCCCUGCACGAGCUGCUGCGGGUGCCCGAGCGCCUCCUCCUCAUCAUCGACGGCUUCGACGAGCUCGAGCCUUCUUUCCACGACGCCCAGGGACCCUGGUGCGCCUGCUGGGAGGAGAAACGGCCCGCGGAGCUUCUGCUCAGCAGCCUGAUCGGGAGGAAGCUGCUCCCGGAGCUGUCCUUGCUCAUCACCACGCGGCCCGCGGCGCUGGAGCAGCUCCACGGGCUGCUGGAGCAGCCCCGGUGCGUGGAGAUCCUGGGCUUCUCGGAGGCCGAGCGGAAGGAGUACUUCCACAAGUACUUCCCCGACGCCCAGCAGGCGAGCCAAGCCUUCCACUUCGUCAGGGACAACGAGCCCCUCUUCACCAUGUGCUUUGUCCCCAUGGUGUGCUGGGUGGUUUGCACCUGCCUCAGGCAGCAGCUGGAGGGUGGCGGGCUUCUAAGGCAGGCGUGCAGGACCACCACAGCAGUGUACCUGCUCUACCUUCUGAGUCUGACGCCACCCGCGCCGGCCACCCGGUCGCUGCGAGGGCUGUGCUCCUUGGCCUGCGAUGGCCUCUGGCAUCAGAAGGUCCUGUUUGAGGAGCGGGACCUGGGGAGGCACGGCCUGCGUGGGGCGGAGGUCUCCGCCUUCCUCAACAUGGACAUCUUCCAGAAGGACAUCAACUGCGAGAAGUACUACAGCUUCAUCCACUUGAGUUUCCAGGAGUUCUUUGCGGCCAUGCACUACGUCCUGGACGGCGCGGAGCGCGGGUCGGGCCCGGGCGGGACGGUGACCAGGCUGCUGGCGGAGUACGGGUUUGCAGAAAGGAGCUUCUUGGCACUCACCGUCCGCUUCCUGUUCGGACUCCUGAACGAGGAGACGCGGGGCUACCUGGAGAAGAGCCUCUCCUGGAAGGUGUCGCCUGGCAUCAAGGCGGAGCUGCUGGGGUGGAUCGAGAGCAAAGCGCAGAGCGAGGGCUCCACGCUGCAGCGCGGCUCCUUGGAGCUGUUCAGCUGCCUGCACGAGAUCCAGGACGAGGAAUUCAUCCAGCGGGCCCUGAGCCCCUUCCGAGUGGUGGUGGUGAGCGACAUCGCCUCCAGGAUGGAGCACAUGGUCUCCUCGUUCUGUGUGAAGAGCUGCAGGAACGUCCAGGUGCUGCACUUGCGUGGGGCAGCGCACCGCGCCCACGAGGACGACAGGGCGGGCGGGACUCUGGGAGCCCAGACGCCGUUGGCGCAGUCACUGAAGAAGUGCCACAUCUCCAGCUCUGCCUGCCAGGACCUCGCAGCCACUCUUAUAGCCAAUAAGCAUUUAAUAAGGAUGGAUCUGAGCGGCAACAGCCUCGGACUUCCAGGCAUAGAACUGCUUUGCGAAGGGCUGCAACAUCCCAAAUGCAGGCUGCAGAUGAUCCGGUUGAAGAUCUGCCACCUCACGGCUGCUGCCUGUGAAGAUCUGGCCCCGACCCUGCGUGAGAACCGGAGCCUGGUGGAGCUGGACCUGGGCCUGAAUGAGCUGGGGGACCCCGGGACGCUGCUGCUGUGCCAGGGCCUCAGGCACCCCACGUGCACGCUCCAGACGCUCCGGUUGGGCAUCUGCCGGCUGGGCGCUGUGGCCUGCGCUGCACUCUGCGACGUGCUCCAAGCCAGCCGCCACCUCCUGGAGCUGGAUCUGAGCUUCAACGACCUGGGGGACGGGGGCCUGCGGCUGCUGGGCGCGGGGCUGCGACAUCCCGCCUGCAGGCUGCAGAAGCUGUGGUUAUUUGGAAUGGAGCUGCGGGAAUCCACCCACAGGAGGUUGGCAGCGCUUCGAGGGACAAAACCUUACUUGGACAUUGGCUGCUGACAGGUCCUGCCUGCUGGCUCCUGUCCUGAAGUCCGGACAGGGGAAGACGGGUCGCCUUCGCCACACAGCACAAGGACCAGGGGUCCACUUCCCCAGGAGGCAGAUUCACCUGCCGACUGAGACCAGAAGUCCUUUCUGCUGGGGACCUAGGGGACCAACGCGUGCUGCAGCUUUAGUUUUGGGAUUGUGGGCGCGCACAGGGAGCUCCGGGCAGGGCAUGACCGCCUAGGAGAGGUUUGAAGACCCCUAACAGGAGAAGUGAAAGCCAAGAUGACUAGACAGCCCCGGCGCUGGGAAGAGGGUGACCGCGUCCCUCAAGGAGCCGCUGGCAGUGCCGGGAGACAGUUUACCACGGGCGGGCACCACUGCCACCUAGCGGCAGAGGACGGGAACGCGUGUCCCGCAAGGCACGGGACAGAUCUCGGGGCGCUUGACCCCGAGCGCACAUCGUGCCCAAAUCAAGGAAACCACUUCCUCAAAAAUGUUCCCGUUGGAUGACAGUAGGGGAACUGAGCAUUUUGGGGGAGACUCCCGUGCGAGAUGGCCCUUAGAUGCUCCUCAUGCCAGCAGCCCUGCCCGGGGUCUGCGCAGGGGCCCUGCCGGGGGCCGGGGCUGCGCCUGCCUGGAGCUCGCCAGGCGCGGCUGCUUCUCCAGCCAGCUGUCCUCCCCCAACGGCCACAGUCCUUCCGUCACCAGCCUGCGGGGGCACUUGGGAACCGCGGGCGUUGGUGCGCGCGGGCCGGAGCUCCUGGGACGCCGACAGGCAGACUCGGGCCCAGGUGGGGUGAAUAUGAAAAGGCAGGCUGGCGUGCCCAGUUUGGUGACUUGGCACUUCACCCAAGUCAGCGUCAACGCUGCUGGGCCACAGACCAGGACGGUUCUUCUCAUUUGGGGUGCUAUUAUCAAAGCUCCCUGGAACCUGAGAAUCUACAUCAGAUCUGGACGCCAUAGGUGACGUGAGUAGCAGAGCCCUAAGGGGCCUGGAACAGCAAUGCUGAGCCCUGAGAGGCAAAAUGCCACAAUUGCUAAGACAAAACCAGGAGACUUACCAUUGGGAGCUAAAUAGUUACCUGGAGUGCAGGAAAAACAAAAUACUGCUAAUAAACCUAAUGUCUCAUACUUUAAGUGACUUUGGAAUGAUUUUUUGCAAGACACCUGACUGAGUCCAUCAAUU